AUGACUAAAAAUAACCCAGAAGCUGCGAAUAGUGACCAAUGUGCUAGAUGCCGUAAGUUUCCAACUGAGAUAUCCAAAUGUUCGAAAUGUUCAAAAUGUGAUUCCUAUUAUCAUAAUGGUUGUUUGAAACAAUUAAGAAAUAUAAAAUACCUUAAGGACGGAACAAUUAUAUGCUGUUCUGAUAAUGAAACAAGUAAUAAAGACUCUGAAUCAGCUUCAAGUCCGAAUGAACAACCGGAAAAUUCUGCCAGCGUUGCAGACAAACUAACGAUAAGAUAUCUUGAAGAAAUUAUGAAACAAAAAGAAAUAAUUAUAAAGCAGCAAGAUCAGACAAUCCAAGCGCUAAAAGACCAAAUAAUACUUAUGAAACAAGUGGCGUCUCAAACUACAGUAUCACCCAAGAUAUCUGCAUCUACACAUAAGCACACUAUUCCUGUCAUGAAUACUAAUAAUUUACAUGUUAAGAAUAGCAAUCAGUUAGUUGAUAAUGGAAAUAAUUUAAUGGAGUCAUACCAAAAAAGACAGUCGACGAAUCAACACCAAAUAACUAGUAAAUCAGUCGCUGGUGCUGUACAUGGAGCAGAAUCUCUUCAGAUAUGCCAGGAUAUUAUUAAUCUUGAGCGCCCUACGCCUAUGACGAGAAGGAGUAUCCUAAUAGGAAAAAAUGAAAAUUCUACAAACUUUCCUUUUAAAGCAGCUCGUCGGCAUAUUAGCAAUGAAAAACACUACCAUGUCACCAACCUUGAACCAGAAAUCGACACUGCCAAAUUGUCAGACUACUUGAAAAAAUUUGCACCAAAUAUUCAAGUACAAAAACUUAAUUCGAGACAACCGGAAGUUUAUUCAUCAGUCAAAAUUACGGUACCAUCAGACGAAUCGGACAAAAUUCUUAACAGUGAAGUGUGGCCUAGUUACGUGAUCUGA